GAUUUCACAGCUCCUCGGUGAGCAAAACCAGCCUACGCAUCGGGGUACAAGGAUGUCACGGAGAAAACCCAACGCCGGAGCCAUUCCUCCAGGAGGGAUGAUGAAGCCUGGAUUUGAUCAUUGGAGAGAAAAGGCCUGCCCGUGCAGGGCAGGCUGUUGGGAAGCAGGUCCGUACCUGGGGUGACCCCUCGGAGCCAGGCCCGCCCUGGGGACCAGCAGAGCGCAGCGGGGAGCAGCCGCAUCCCGCCCUAGGCAGCGGGCACCCCGCUCCGGCAGCCGCCGCGGCUCUGACCAGCCACGUUUCGCUUUCCCGGCGGUAGCAGCAGCCCCGGCACGGUGUACCCCAGCCCGGGGGCCAUCCCCCGGCCACCAGACACUAUCGGUCGGGCCCGGGGUCCUUCGGGGCGGACGGGGAGGUGCCGCGGCGGCAGCGGCGGGCGGAGCGCGGCCGCUCCUCCCCGGAAGGGGCGGUGGUUGCCGGCGGCGCGUUCCUGUCAAGAUGGUGCGGAAGCUGAAGUACCACGAGCAGAAGCUGCUGCGGCGGCUGGAGCUGGUGAGCUGGGAGGCGGCGGCGGGGAGCCUGGCCGAGGUGAAGGCGCUGCGGCGCUACCGGCUGGGCCGGCGGGAGGACUACGUGCACUACAAAGCGCUGGCCCGCACCGUCCGCACCUUGGCCCGCCGCCUCCGUGACCUGGGCCCGGCCAGCGCCGCCUUCCGCUCCCGCUGCGCGGCCGCGCUGCUGGAGAAGCUGCACGGGCUGGGGCUGGUGAGCGAGCGGCAGUCCCUGGCCGUCUGUGAGAGCCUGUCUGCGGCCGCGUUCUGCCGGCGGCGCCUGCCCUGCCUGCUGGUGAAGCUGCGGAUGGCGCAGAACCUGCGCCACGCCGUCACCUUCGUGGAGCAGGGCCACGUCCGCGUGGGGCCCGAGGUGGUGACCGACCCCGCCGUCCUCAUCCCCCGCGCCGUGGAGGACUUCAUCACCUGGGUGGACGCGUCUCGCCUCCGGCAGAAGGUGCUCGACUACAACCAGGAGCGCGACGACUUCGACCUGGCCGCCUAGGGAUGCACUGCCCGCCCUGCCUGUGCUGCCCUCACGCCUCUGCCCCGCUCCUUGCGACGCGAGUGGCAAUAAAGACACGCGGCGGUACCACCGUCAGAUGUUUAGCCUCCCCCAACAUGCCUGAAAGAGGAGCAGAGAGGAAACCUACUCUGCUUGCUCUGCUCCCACCUCUCCUUAGCACCUAACAGCUCCAUUCAUCAGUACAGAGAAAGUUCUGCAUCCGUCGGAGAAAACACCAGAUAGCCCGACUCCAUAAAAUCACAGAAUCAACUAGGUUGGAAAAGACCUUUAAGAUCAUCAAGUCCAACCAUUACCUCAGGACUGCCAAGACCACUACUAAACCACAUCAUUGAGGGUCUCAUCUACACGGUUUUUGAACACUUACAGGUGAUUCCACUGCUUCCCUGGACAGCCUGUUCCAAUAACUUUCUGUGAAGAAACUUUUCAUACAUUCCCAUAAAGUGAAACUGCCUGAUGGCAGGAGAGGAUGCAUUUGGGUUUAAAUGUUUGGCUGCUACUAAAAGCAGUUGGAAGAGGGUUUAUGCACACCUGAGGAUUGAGUUUAAGACCGAGUUUGACAGCUUUGCUGCUGCUUUUUGAAGGGGUGGCCCUGCCAGUUCUUCCUGCAUUUGGCUCAGUGACUGGGGGAGCUGCUCCUGGAAGGGUUUUCUCUUGAUACCAGGGAAUGUGUAUAUGGGGUAAAGGCAGAGAUUGUGUGGGGUCAGCAAUAAACAGGGAGGCUGAGUACCGCAUUUCUGGAACUGUAAAAGUUUUAGCCAAAAAUUGAAUUAAAAAGAAACAAUGAAACUGA